GCGUAAAAGUCAGAAAUGUCUGGGAUUCGGGGACUUCUUGAUUUCAACUAUGUACUAGCUGUUAGCACACUCUUACAGGUUUUUCAGCUGUCAGUCAAAGUGUCCCACUCCUUGGUGGUGAAUGGAACUCUGGGACAGUCGGUUGUCCUUCCUUCAGGUGUGGAUGAGAAAACCUACAACUCUGUCAAUCCAGAUAUCGUACAGUGGGAGAGAAACAGGGAAUAUAUCAUCCAGUUCUUAAAUCAGGUGAAGUCUCUUGAGAGCAAUAAUUUUAAAGGCCGACUCACUGUGAGCCCAACAGAUGGGUCUUUAACUGUCAGCCCCCUGAGAGGAGAAGAUGAAGGAGAAUAUGUGUUCAGUGGAACCGGAUCAGGGUCCUUCCCAGAGCACAGAGUUACUCUUCGGGUUUAUGAGAAGAUCAGAGGAGUUCAAAUCCAUCAUGAGAAGAGCUACGGGGAGCAAAACACAUCCUGCAAUCUGACGUUGCACUGCAAUGUGACGGGAGGCACUGAUGUCAACAUUCACUGGCUGAGAGACGGGAGUAAGAACCCAGAGCAGCUGGGCAGUGCAGCCGUGAAGCUGGUGCUUCAUCCCACAGACGGUGAUCUUACCUACACCUGCGUGGCCUCCAAUCCAGUUAGCAGCCGGUCUGCGACUGUAGAUGCUAAUAAGUGCUACACACAAGGUUAG